AUGGGUAUGGGCAAGCCCUGGGCGACAGCUUGGAGGAGCAGUGUGCGAGGGACCCCCUCGAUGGGGGUCGGCUUCAAGCAGAUGGCGGGCGGCUCCGAAGGCGUCGAGGAGCUGGAGGUUCAGGAACAGGAGGUCCAUGAAACCGUGGAGAUGCUGACGGAGGAUGUGGCAACAGGGUGGGAUCAGUUCAACGCCGACGACGGCGGCGGGGACGGGGGGGUCGAGGGGGCGAGCUGCGGGCGGUCUCGUCCGAGGGCGAUCCGCAUGGCGACGAGCUGGACGCCACGUCGAUGGGCGAUACGUGGGAGUCGGAGGGCAUGGACGUGGGCGUGUGCCGUCUGGCGGUGGCGCAGGUGGCGAAGGUGGCUAAGACGAGGACAGAAUAAGCUGAGCGAGGGCCUGCGCGAGUAG